GUCCGUCUCCGUACGAUGGCGGUCGCCCUCCCGCCGGCCUUCCUCCCGCACGGCCUCCCCCGGCCGGACGCUACCUCCGCUGGAGAGAUGGGGCUGCGCCUGCGGCAGGUGCGCCAGCUCCGCCGGGCGCCUCUCCACGAGCUCGUCCCCCGCCUCGCCGACCUCCGCGCCGACGAGGCCGGCCCCGUGCGCAAGAUCGUUGCCGAGAUGAUUGGCGAGGUCGGGUCAAAGCACACGGCGUAUAUACCCGACGUGAUGCCCUCCCUGCUGGAUCUUCUGAAUGACGAAACACCUGCAGUUGCGAGGCAGGCUGUUAAAACAGGAACAGACUUGUUUGCCAAAGUACUACAACAGCUAGUUAUCCAGGGUUUGUUCGCGAGCGGCGGGAUUGAUGAUUCGCUCAAAGUGUCAUGGGAAUGGAUGCUCAAGCUUAAAUCGGCGGUGUCGCUCAUGGCAUUUCAGCCUACUAGCAAUGAAGGAGUCCGGUUGCUGGCUGUUAAGUUUGUUCAGAAAACAGUUCUCAUGCACACCCCAGAUCCUGAUAUCGCAUCAGAUCCACCAAACCAAGCUACAGAAGAUAUGGGAUUCAAUAUAGCGUGGUUAAGGGGAGGUCAUCCUUUACUCAAUGUUGGUGAUCUAGCCAUGGAAGCCAGCCAGAGCCUUGGACUGUUGCUAGAACAACUUAAGUCUCCUAAAAUAAGAUCACUCAGCACUUCGAUGAUCAUUGUCUUUGUUAGCAGCCUCUCAGCUAUUGCUCAAAGAAGGCCUUCCUUUUAUGGGCGCAUACUUCCAGUUUUACUUUCUUUGGACCCAGCAAAUACCAUUAUUAAAACGCAAGUUCCAGGCGCAUUCCAUGCUUUGAAGAGUGCCAUUGAUGCAUGCCUGAAAUGUACACAUUCAAGUGCUGAGCCGUGGCGGGCUCGCUUGUUAGAAGCUCAAAAUAUUAUAAACCAGGGGGAUUCAGUAGAUCAUACUGCGAACGAUUCGACAGAACAUACCGCAAAUGCUGCUAGGAGUAUUGGGGACACUUCAAACAGGGCUGAAUCAUUGCCUCUCACAGAGACGAGCACUGACAACAGUAACAAACGAAAUCUGGGUGAUGACAUGAAUAAUAUUCUAGAAGAUGAUGGUCAUUCUAGUAAAAGAGCCAGACAGUCACAUGAUGCUCAAGAACAUAGUGAGGAGACAAAUAAGAGAAAUAUGGAGGCAGCCUCUGUUGGUUCAUCAUCUAAUCAGCAUGUCCCUGCAAGAACUGGGAACUCUGAAGCUGUAUAUCAAUUAAUUAGUAUGUUUGCUCCAUUAGCUGCGCAAGGCGACAGAGCUGCUGUAUCACUACAAAUCCUGUCAUCUAGUAUCGCUGCUGACUUAUUAGCGGAGGUGGUAAUGGUUAACAUGCAACACUUGCCAGUUUCUCAUCCUGUAGAUCAACAACAACCUCCUUCAAGUAGCCAGUCCUCUAUUGCUCCAGGUCGCUUUCCUCUGUUAGAGUCCCUAUGGAAGACAAUAGGUGAAACUGAUAAAGAUGAAGUGCCUCCACCUGAGGAAUCUGCUCCAGUGACAUCUGCUGCUGGUGACACCACACCAGUUCUUGUCAGUUCUCCUGUUCUUACCACAUUAAAAACGCCGAAGGAAGAGAACAGUAACAGUUCAGCAGUUCCAUUUAACAGUUCAGCUGUUUCAUUAGAUAUAGAAACAGUAGAUGUUAAAGUACCCGGUGCAGAUGCCGCUGAGUUAUCGAUUGAGGUUCAGGAAUCAUCAGAAACUUCCCAUGCUUCUACAGAACCUCAGGGAACCCAAGAACAUUCUGGCAGUUUUAUGAGUUCAUUGCCUGCUGACAAUUCUUCAGUUGGUGUCAGUUUGGCUCAAUCUUCCGAAACUCGCAGUCCAAGUUCUUCUACUAUUGAAGGAAGCCAGUCACAAUUUUCAUCUAUGAAUGCCCUUACUUCACAGCAUGUUCUUCCAAAGUUGGUUGUGACUAAUGUCGAUCUAACUGAUGAGGCUAAAGAUCUCCUUCAAAAAGAAGCGUUUCUGCGCAUUCUUGCGAGAGAUAAGCAGGAAGAAUCUGGUGGUUCAAAAGCUCGGCUUCCAUUGCUUUCUCACUUGGGUGUUGAGUUUCCUUUGGAGUUGGACCCUUGGGCGCUUCUCCAGAAGCAUGUGCUAUCUGAUUAUGUAAAUAAUGAGGGACACGAGUUGACACUGUGCGUUCUGAACAGGUUGUAUCGUGAGGCAGAACAGGAUGUGGACUUUCUUUCAUCUAGAACCGCAACAUCAGUUUAUGAAUCAUUUGUUCUGACAAUAGCCGAAAAUCUCCGUGAUAUGUUUCCGGCUUCAGACAAAUCACUUGGCAAAUUGCUCUGUGAGAUACCAUACUUACCAGAAGGUGUAUUAAAGCUGCUAGAGGAUCUAUGCUCUCCUGGAAAUAAUGAGAAGCAGGACAAGGAUCUUCAGAGUGGUGAUAGGGUAACUCAAGGUCUAAGUGCUGUCUGGAACCUGAUCAUGUUAAGACCUUCAAACCGGGACAGAUGUCUGGAGAUUGCUUUGCAGAGUUCAAUCAAUCGUCUAGAUGAGGUCCGCAUGAAGGCAAUACGUUUGGUAGCAAAUAAGUUAUUUCCCGUGGCAAGCAUUUCCAAAAGGAUUGAAGAGUUUGCAAAUGAAAAACUUAAUUCAGUCCUGGAAGUGAUUCCAGUGGCUGAAUCUGCAUCAGCUUCUGAAAUGGUUACGCCCGAAGCUCACCAGGAUGGUGGUUUAGAAAAUUUGUCCUCGGUGGCAGAUGCUCAAACUUUGAUGUCACUCUAUUUUGCUUUGUGCACCAAGAAACAUUCCCUUCUCCAGCGUGUAUUUACAAUAUACGGCAGUCUACCACAGGCUGCCAAACAGGCAGUUCACAAACAAGUACCCAUUCUGAUCCGCACGAUACGAUCCUCUGCUGACCUUCUUGGGAUCAUCUCAGAUGCGCCAGCUGACAGUCGGGAGCUCCUCAUGCAGGUUGUACAGACUCUCACUGAUGGAGUAGUGCCAUCUCAAGAUAUGAUUUCCUCCGUGAAGAACCUCUAUUCAAAAACGAAGGAUGUCGAGUUUCUCUUUCCAGUCAUGGCUCAUCUGCCAAAAGAUGAGGUUAUGUCCGUGUUUCCCAAUAUUGUUAACCUUCCUCUGGAUAAGUUUCAAGUUGCCCUUUCUCGAAUCCUGCAGGGAUCACCACAACAUGGCCCUUCUCUUGAUCCAUCAGAAAUUUUGAUUGCGAUUCAUGUAAUAGAUCCCGAAAAAGAAGGGAUACCGCUGAAAAAGGUCAUAGAUGCAUGUGCUGCUUGCUUCGAGCAAAGGACAAUAUUCACUCAGCAAGUUUUGGCAAAAGCACUAAAUCAAUUGGUUGAACAGAUUCCCCUUCCUUUGUUGUUCAUGCGAACUGUUAUGCAAGCGAUAGGUGCAUUUCCUGCAUUGGUGGAUUUUGUGAUGGAGAUCAUGUCACGCCUUGUUAGCAAGCAGAUAUGGAAAUAUCCAAAGUUAUGGGUAGGAUUCCUGAAGUGUGCUAUCCUGACGAAACCUCAGUCAUAUGGUGUGUUACUGCAGUUACCAGCUCCACAACUUGAAAAUGCCUUGAAUAAGAAUCCUGUACUCAAGGCGCCCUUGGUCGAGCACGCCAGCCAGCCAAACGUGCGAUCCACUCUUCCGAGGUCUAGCUUGGUGGUUUUGGGUCUUGCUGAAGACCAGCAGCAACCUGCACCUGAGGCACAGAGCAGCCAGGCACAGAGCAGCCAGGCACAAAGCAGCCAAAACCAGGCGGCCGAAACCAGCAGCUCUGCUGCAGAUACUACGACGGAAGUAACUCAGGAAUCAUCUGCUGCAAGUUAAACAUCUCCCCGGUACCCGUGUUCACCUGCUGGAGAAGAUGGCAUGUCAGAGCGAAUUUGUCGAAGCAUGACUUGGUUGCUGCACGAUUUUGGGCAGCCCGAUGUACAAAACAUUUACCUUAAAUUAAAAAUUAUAUAGUGAUAGGAGAGAGUUGUUGGUCAGCCAGCCCUGUUAUGUAUUUGUAUUUUUGUAGCAUAUAUUUCCGAGCACUAGACUGGUGGCUUUGUAUGAAUUUGGACAAAGUAAACAUGUGUGAUGGAUGGUGGUCAGGCUGCUGCCUUUAUUA